ACGCACGAAGAAGCUCGCUGCUGCUCGCUGCAGAAGCCACAAGCUGAUUCGCUGAUCAAAACAAACAGAGAAGCUCGUUUUAAAGACUCGUUAAUAUAUUUCAUUUGGUUUGUUCCCGAAUUUGAUUUAGAAUGAGAUGGGUUUGCUGUGAAAGCAUCCGUUUAUUAAGCUUUUAGGCCGCCCCGGUUUGGAUAAUUGAAUUAUUGAAAAUGUAGGGAUGGGCAGUUAUAGCGCAUUUCUCCUCGUUUUCUAGUCUGUUUUUCAUUCGCAUGAAGCUUUACUUCAGCUCAAAACAUUUGUUCAGGUAAUUUCAUGAGAUAAUUUAGUGAAAGCUCCAGGCUAGUAAUAUAGCAGAGAGCAGUCGUCGGGGGUUAUCUGUGCAGCUGGGAGCCUCUGUGCUGCUGCUGGGGGUCGGGGCCCCGCAAUGGUUCCUCUGUAUGUCUGAUGAUGGGGCUCUCGAGGAUCACGAUGCCGCCCAGGAUCCAGCUUCUGGCGGUUUUGGCAUUUGGCGUGGUGAUGCUCCUGAUAGAGAACCAGAUCCAGAGACUGAACGAGUCGAGAGCCAAGCUCGAGCGGACCAUCGCCCGACACGAGGUGGCUGAAGUUGAGCUGCGUCACGCCGACGAUGAUGGAAAGCGAGAGGCGCCUCUGCUUCCUGAAGACGAAGCCGUCAUCAUCUACAACAGAGUACCCAAGACGGCCAGCACGUCCUUCACCAACAUCGCCUACGACCUCUGCGGGAAGAACCGCUUCCACGUCCUGCACAUCAACACCACCAAAAACAACCCAGUCAUGUCUCUACAGGACCAGGUGCGCUUUGUUCAGAACGUCAGUGCGUGGAGAGAAAUGAAGCCCGCCUUCUACCACGGCCACGUGGCUUAUCUGGACUUCUCAAAGUACGGCGUGAUGCGUAAACCCAUGUACAUAAAUGUGGUGCGGGACCCCAUCGAGCGCCUCGUGUCCUACUACUACUUCCUCCGCUUCGGCGACGACUACAGGCCGGGCCUCCGGCGGAGGAAGCAGGGAGACAAGAAGACUUUUGAUGAGUGUGUGUCGUCGGGGGGGUCUGACUGCGCUCCUGAGAAACUCUGGCUGCAGAUCCCCUUCUUCUGCGGCCACCACGCCGAGUGCUGGAACGUGGGCAGCAAGUGGGCCCUGGAACAGGCCAAGUACAACCUGUUGAAUGAGUUUCUGUUGGUUGGGGUAACAGAGGAGCUGGAGGACUUCAUCAUGAUCCUGGAGGCGGCUCUGCCACACUUCUUCAGAGGAGCCACAGAGCUCUACAGAACAGGAAAGAAGUCCCAUCUGAGGAAGACCUCGGAGAAGAAGCCCCCCACCAAAGAGGCGACAGCCAAGCUGCAGCAGUCGCACAUCUGGAAGAUGGAGAACGACUUCUACGAGUUUGCUCUGGAACAGUUUCAGUUUGUGCGAGCGCACGCCGUCAGGGAAAAGAACGGCGAGCUGUACGUGCUCGCUCAGAGCUUUUUCUACGAGAAGAUCUACCCCAAAGCAAACUGAACAGGUCUCCAACCCGGACUUCCGGAGUUCAGCACACUGAGAGGAUCUGCUGCAGUUUUUUCUUCUUUUUUUUCUCCAUUUUAGUCGCUGGUGAAGCUAACGAGAAAACCAAACCUUUACUUUGAAGGAAUUUCGUUUUUCUGUUUCCAGAUAGAGAAUGAGACUUCACUGCUAACCAACUGUCUGUAGAUCCUGCAGGAAACGUAGGACCAAAGUAGAAAGAGACUGGACCGGAGCAUGCUCCGGUGCGUGACCUGUAUUUCUAUUCAGGUCUGGAUUCUGACAUGGCUCAGUGUUUCAUCCUCUGUGUAGCUCCUCCUGUUCUGACCUGAACUGCAGGGAAAGGACCCAUGAGCAUAAUGUGUGAUAACAGGGUUAUUCAACUGCACUGACAGUGCCUUUAUUCUACUAGUUUCUACUCUAUAGUGAUCUCACAGUCGUGUUUCUGUGUGUUUCCUCCUAAAUCCCUUGUUCUACAUCUGCAGGCAGCCUGAACAUAAAACACAUUUCUAAAUGAA